AUGGCUCCUUCAAUCACACCCCUCAAAUUUUUUCUGCUCACAGUACUCUUAACCACCGCCUGCCUCGCUCAAACACCCACUACUCCGCCUAGGGUUCCUCCCGCCGCCGCUCCGACGCCACCACCGGCCAGAAGAACGCCGCCGCCUACUCCCUCUCCGCCUUCCCGAUCCACCCCGCCUCCCACCAGCAGCACCCCCAGGAGAAGCAGAACACCCCCAUCCCGCCCCCCUACCCCCACCCCUACCCCUGCCCCCACCCCUGCCGAGGCACCCGCCCCGCCUCCCAGCCCCACCCCUCCCACCGGAAAUGCUGCUAGUGGGCGGUUCAUCAGCGGAGCUGCCGUCCGAGGCGCCGCUCUUGCGGCCGCGCUUGUGGCGGCAGCCGUGCUGUGA